AUGCAUGUGCAAGUAGUCGUAGAGAGAGUAGCAGCAGUAUUAGAACUAGUAUUGCUGAAAAAAGAAGUAUCAGUAGUAGAAUAUCAGCAUAAAGAUGAUGAAGAUGAGGAAGAUGAAGACGAUGAUGAUGAUAAAGAUGAUGAUGAAGACGGUGGUGAAGAUGAUGAUAAAGAUGAUGAUAAAGAUGAAGUAAAUGGUGAAGAUGAGGAUAUGGAUGAAGAUGAUGAGGCUGAAAAUGAGGCAAAAGUCGAUGAGCUUAUUAGCGCGAGGAUCAUAAAAGUAGCAGAUAAAUUGUACAAACGACCAAUAAAAAGUCACGUGAUAGUCCGGGAAUCAAUACAACAAAUAAGCGAUAACCAUGGACCAUCUUACGGGGUUAAAUAA